AUGGAUAUUUUUAGAGUUUUAACAAGAGGUGCAAAUGUUAAUAAGAAAGCAACUAAGAAAAAUGGUGUUUCUGUUGAUUACAGUAUGGUGAAGAAUGAGCAAACUAUGGAUAAAAGUAGAGAAGAGCAUACGAUCAAUAGAGAGCUUGAUUUUUUCCGUAAUAAGAGAAUCAUUAAUAAAGUCGAGAAGGAAAAGCUGGAAAACUCUAAGGAUGCAGAUGAAGAUGAGAAGAAGGUUGUAACUGAGACUGAAUUGAACUUUGAUGAAACUUUGAAAAUCACAACCAAAGAGGAAGCGCUUGCUUUACGUAAGUCGUAUAAAGGUAAUAUUACAGGUUCAGACGUACCACUUCCAAUUGGUUCCUUUGAAGAUUUAAUCUCUCGUUUUUCAUUUGAUAAACGUUUAUUAAGAAAUCUAUUAGAGAAUCAUUUUACUGAACCAACUCCUGUUCAAUCAGAAUGUAUUCCAUUGGCUUUACAUACUCGUGAUAUGUUAGCCUGUGCUCCAACUGGUUCUGGUAAAACACUGGCAUUUUUAAUCCCCUUGCUACAACAAGUAAUAGAACAGAAAGAAGAAAUUGGUUUGAAAGGUUUGAUAAUAUCACCAACUAAAGAACUGGCGGAUCAAAUAUUUUUAGAGUGUACCAAGUUGGCAAACAGGUUAUAUUUGGAUAAAAAAAGACCAUUACAAAUUGCAUUAUUAUCCAAAUCACUAAGUUCUAAACUUAAGAAUAAAGUUAUAAGUGAUAAAAAAUAUGAUAUAAUAAUAUCGACUCCAUUGAGACUAAUCGAUGUGGUUAAAAAUGAAGCGUUAGAUUUAUCAACUGUUAAGCAUCUUAUUUUUGAUGAAGCUGAUAAACUAUUUGAUAAAACUUUUGUUGAACAAACUGAUGACAUUUUAAAUUCUUGUAGUGAUCCAAGUUUACGUAAAGCCAUGUUUUCUGCUACAAUUCCAUCAAAUGUCGAAGAAAUUGCUCAAACUAUUAUGAUGGAUCCUAUUAGAGUUAUUAUUGGUCAUAAGGAAGCUGCUAAUGCUAACAUUGAACAAAAAUUAAUAUUUUGCGGUAACGAAGAAGGUAAACUAAUAGCCAUCAAACAAUUAGUCCAACAGGGUGAAUUUAGACCUCCGGUCAUUAUCUUUUUAGAAUCUAUUACGAGAGCAAAAGCUUUAUAUCACGAACUGAUGUAUGAUAACUUGAAUGUCGAUGUUAUUCACGCUGAAAGAACACCGAUCCAGAGAAAUAAAAUCAUUGAAAAAUUUAAGACUGGUGAGUUAUGGUGUCUAAUUACCACGGACGUUUUAGCCCGUGGUAUUGAUUUCAAAGGUGUCAAUCUAGUUAUCAACUACGAUGUUCCAAGAACUGCACAAGCUUACGUUCAUAGAAUUGGUAGAACUGGUAGAGGUAAUCGUUCAGGUAAAGCAGUUACUUUUUACACAAAGGAAGAUUCCAUUGCAGUCAAACCAAUAGUUAACGUUAUGAAGCAAAGUGGGGCGGAAGUUUCAGCCUGGAUGGAGAAGAUUGCUAAGAUCUCUAAAAAGGAAAAACAAUUAAUCAAGAAUGGUCAAGCACAUAAAGAACGAAAACAAAUUAGUACUGUUCCAAAGAUAGAGAAACAAAAGAAAAAGCGUAAGUUUGAAAUGAUUGAAGCCUCUAAAAAAAGAAAACUUAUGGAGAACUCAGAAACUUCCAAGAUUGAACCUACUGAGGAGUGA